GCUGUUCCCCGCUAUCGAUAAACGAUUGAACACGAUUGUUUUUAUUAUGUACAAUUUAUUUUUUGUGUAUAUUUUGCUUUUCGUGCAAUUUAAAAGUUUGUAAAAUAUCUUGAUGGCAGUUAUUGAAAAACAAACAACAACACUGCCUAUGCGAAUAACCGAGACUGAAGAUUAGAUUAAUAACAAAUAAGGACAUCCACAGACAAGGAUUCAGAUAAGAUAAAAUCCGAGCAUGAGCAACUACCGUUAUCAGGGGGGCGGUGUCGGUGGUGGUGGUAUGGCCGGGGGGCGUGGCUACUGCGGAAUAGAGGUGCACGAGGGGAUCCAUCACCGCUUCACAUACGUGAGCCAGUACGUCAAAUACAAGAUCUUCUUGUUGAACUUUGUGUUCUGGUUAUUUGGAGGCCUGCUUUUGGGAAUCGGGAUUUAUGCCUUUAGGGACAAGUGGGAAGAAGCCAACGGCUCGGUGCGGCUGGAGAACUUUUACGACGUGUUCCUCAAUAUCUCUCUGGUGAUGAUUCUGGCUGGCAUGGUCAUUUUUAUGGUCAGUUUCUUCGGAUGUUUGGGAGCACUACGAGAGAACACCGUUCUGCUGAAGCUUUACUCCAUGUGCCUGCUGUUCUUCUUCCUCAUGGAAAUGGCCAUCGCCAUUAUAUGUUUUGUGUUCCCACAAUACAUGAACACCUUCCUAGAGAAACAGUUUACGGACAAGAUCAUCCACUCUUAUCGCGACGAUCCGGACCUGCAGAACUUUAUUGAUUUUGCCCAACAGGAGUUCAAGUGCUGUGGCCUUAGUAACUCCGGUUACCAGGAUUGGAGUAAAAAUGACUACUUUAACUGCAGCUCACCAUCGGUAGAGAAGUGCGGAGUGCCUUACAGCUGCUGCAUAAAUGCCACCGAUAUAUCCUCCGGGCUGGUAAACAUCAUGUGUGGCUACGGCGUCCAAGAGACUCCGGUGCCAGAAGCCAGAAAGCGAAUCUGGACCAGCGGUUGUAUUGAAGUCGUCAGGGUUUGGGCAGAGCACAAUCUGUACGUUAUUGCCGGCAAGGCCCUAUGCAUCGCUCUCAUCCAGCUGCUGGUUAUAUAUUUGGCCAAAACACUAGAGGGACAAAUUGAGCUACAAAAGUAGCGUCAGUUGACGUGAGAUCCGGUGCAACCCGAAUUUUACGGGCCGUAUGAUCUCACCUGAACGCUGAUCACAAACAGCACAUACCCUUAAUAUCCUUCAUUUAAUUUAAUUUAUUUAUAAAAGGCUGCUCAAACCCUCAAACCCAGCGAAUAUACAAUUUUUACUCAGUAGUAAUCUGUAUAUUCAUAAAUAUUCCCAUUCUCAAUUGUUGUAAGAAAAAAAAAUUUGGGUUGAUGAGCUAUAAAAUUGUAAAACCUUCCAAUAUGAUUUAAGUCUUUCUUAAUAGUUAAGAAGAAAGGGUUAAUUUCGAAGUAUUUAAUAUGCAAUUAGUAGUUUUAAUGAAUCGUCUUAAGAUCUUUGAGAUUAUGUACUUGUAGUAUUUACUAGUUAAGUUAAACUUAACCCAGUAUAAAUGUUGUGCAAUUUUUAUUAAAUACUCGAAUAUUUAUACUCA